AGCAGCCGAGCCGGUCGAGAGAGGAGAAAGUCAAUGCCGUACUUCCCCAUGGGGAGCAGGUGUUGCUCUUCACGCGAGCGCGAUCUCGCUAGGACUUCAACCUGACAAUCUCUCGAGUUGAUCUCCUUUUCUCCCCACCGAACCCCGAACCCGUUCGCUUCGGCCCUUGGAUGAUCAAGGCAUGGGAGGCCCCUCCUGGCCGGACUUGCAGUGCCUGGUGCGGCGGAAGCCGGCGGCCGCGAGCUCCACCGGCCGCGCCGAGGCCGCCGACGGGGGCGGCGGACAGCGCCUCGCCAAGACGCUCACCAUUCCCCACCUCACCGCCAUCGGUGUUGGUUCGACGAUUGGCGCUGGCAUCUACGUCCUCGUUGGAACUGUGGCUCGUGAGCACACAGGGCCAGGCCUGACCGUGUCCUUUCUGAUAGCCGGCGUCACUGCGGCCCUUUCAGCUUUGUGCUAUGCUGAGCUCUCCUGCCGUUUCCCUUCGGCAGGGAGUGCCUACCACUACUCCUACAUCUGCAUUGGAGAGAGCGUUGCUUGGUUGGUUGGGUGGGCCUUGAUCCUUGAGUACACGAUCGGGGGAUCAUCGGUGGCACGUGGCAUAUCGCCAAACUUGGCUCUAUUUUUUGGUGGCCACGACAAGCUGCCAUUCUUUCUAGCACAAGUGCACAUCAAAGGGCUUCACACCCCAGUUGACCCUUGUGCUGCUAUUCUUGUCUUGAUAGUUACUGCAUUACUCUGUCUGGGCAUUAAAGAGAGCUCAUUUGUGGAAGGCAUCAUCACCACUGCAAAUAUCAUAGUCAUGCUCUUUGUCAUCUGCGUUGGUGGAUGGUUGGGAUUCAGGAAUGGCUGGGCCGGUUAUAAAGGGCCAGAUGGUUACUUCCCUAACGGUGUUGGUGGAGUCCUUUCCGGAUCAGCAACCCUCUUCUUCGCGUUCAUUGGCUUCGAUACAGUUGCUAGCACGGCCGAGGAGGUGAAGAAUCCUCAGCGCGAUCUUCCACUGGGGAUGGGCCUGACCCUGUCCCUGUGCUGCUUCCUCUACAUGAUGGUUUCUGCUGUUGUGGUCGGUCUGGUGCCGUAUCACGCCAUCGAUCCUGACACCCCAAUUUCUUCUGCUUUUGCACAAUACGGGAUGCAGUGGGCAGAGUACGUUGUUGCCAGUGGGGCUGUUCUUGCCCUCAUCGCAUCCCUGAUAGGCGGCAUUCUUCCUCAGCCAAGGAUUAUAAUGGCGAUGGCUAGAGAUGGAUUGCUCCCACCACUGUUCUCUUCUGUCAAUCGACAAACCCAAGUGCCAAUCUUGAGCACAAUCUUGACUGGGAUGUGUGCUGCUAUCCUGGCUUUUUUCAUGGAUGUCUCCCAAUUGGCAGGGAUGGUAAGCGUGGGGACCUUAUUGGCGUUUACUAUGGUUGCCAUUUCUGUUUUAGUAGUAAGAUAUGCUCCUCCAUAUGAGAUGCCAAUGGAAGUGGCUCUUGCAGGAACACCUGAGUCACUAACUUCAGAUUCUAGUCACUCAGAGCAGGAUGAGCAAAAUCUGGAAGAUCCUUUUGGCAAUGAAGCACCAUAUGCCAGUGAGAGAGACAGCAAAGUAAGGCAACAGAAAGCCAUAAGAAGCAUAGUAUUGAUAUGCCUUGGGGCCAUCGUCUUCGUUUUUGCGGUUUCUUUCUCCUUUUUGCCGUUUUAUGUGCGAAUGACUGCAUGCACCAUAGGCGGGCUGCUAGUGUUGGGUUCUUCUAUUGUGCUUUUGUGCAUUGGGCAAGACAAGAGAUCUUUGGGACCAACUGGAGGUUUCAUGUGCCCGUUGGUUCCAUUGCUUCCAAUUUGUUGCAUCAUCAUCAACGGAUACCUGCUUAUGAACCUUGGGAGUCAGACAUGGAUUCGUGUUUCCAUAUGGAUGGCGGCUGGUGCGCUCAUAUACUUCUUCUACGGCCUGAAGCAUAGUUCACUGGCAGGCAUGGCCUACCAUCGCAUAUCACCUUUGCAGUUCAACGUUGGGUAGAAUUCUUUUGCAUUUUGAUAGGAGAGAAAUGAUGAGUCCGAAUGGUGGCUACAGCAGCUGUUUGAAGAAGCAACAAGAGAAAUUCUGAAACUCUGAACCCUCAGGAGUGAAGAUGGACAGACACAUGUAUGAAAGAGGCACAACAAUACGCAGUAUUGUUUUUUUCUCUGUCAAUUUCACAAAGUACUGGAAAAAUUUACCACUGUAAAUUUCUGUUUCUUUUGGAAUAAGAGGGAAAUUACAGGAGGCAUUCAUUAUUUGACAAGAAUUCUUUUUCUAUGAAGCUCUUUCCAUGCA